CAAAGAAUAAAACUAGCAGGAAAAAAUUAAGUGAGAGAUCCAGGAAAUUCUCGUGGUGCCACUUGGGAGCAAAGAAUUCGGCAACUGCAGAGGAAGUGCAACAUUUUCUGAACCCGCUGAUGCACAAGUGGAGAUCAAUUCUGCAAGCAGUGAAGUGCUUGAAUGUGACACUGCUGCAUUGAACCAUAUCCAGUCAUAUCUAUCCUGGACUAGGUUAAAAUUGCCUUCACGAGGAAGUGAUUGUCGCCCUCGUAGGCUACGGUGGUUAAUGUAGGAACUAGGAUUGUGGAGCGGGAGGACCAGUGUUUAAUUCAAUGAUUUGAGUGGCAGUUAUCGUCGCUAAAUCCUUAGACGGAGUCAAACUUUGAUUGACGUGAAAUCGUCGAUUUUGAGCCCAAAAGUGCGGGCUUCGAGUUAACUUUGCAUUGCGAGUAGAUUGUCGCUGUUUCUGUGGCUAUGGCGGAUGAGGACCCAGCUGACGACACCGACGAGUUGCCGCCUUUGCCUACGCUCCCCUCCGGCCGAUUCCUUCGUGACGAUGACGGUCCUUUCCCUGACGACGGUGAUGAAUCCCCGCCCGCUUCGCCCCCAAAGCAGAAAGAGCGCGGUCGCUUGCGAAUUCAAAACGUCGGAGGUUCGCUUACCUUCCUCCUGCAGAUAGCGCUCUUAGCUUGGGGAAUCCGGCAAUUGCGUAGUGUUCUAGCACGUCGACGACAGGACAAUGCGCUUGGCACUGGAAGGCGAGUGAACGUCAUGCCGUAUCGGCCCGUGGAGCCGCCUUUAUUCGCGCACUUAAGUCCAAUGGCUGUGAAGAAGCUCGUGGAACUUGACCCCGUCCCCCACCACCUCAUCGACGUUCGUCACCCCGAUGCGACCCGCAUGGAGCCCAAGCUCUUUGAAAGUGUAAUCAACAUUCCCGAAACGGAUCUGAGAGCUUGUUUACAGCUCUCAGCAAUUGAGUGGAGAGCGAAAUUUCCCUCUGCAAAGAAACCAGGCCGGGAAGAUUUGAUAGUAUUUCUGUCAAAUCGUGGCAAGCGUGCUCAGCGCGUUGCCGCAGCUGCUGCUGAUCUGGGUUAUAACGGGUGCUGUGUUUUGAAGGGCGGUACUCAUGCAUUACGUGCAAGUUUUUCCGCCGAUGCUGGAGGUUUACAUUACAUGAGCAGGGAUGCUGUUGCUCUGUUGCUCCAGAAUAAAGAAGCCAUGACAGAUGAGAAGAAUGUGAGAGCGAACACUCCGUGGUUGAUUGACCUGCGCAGGCACGAUGAACGAGCUCUAUAUGGGCACAUUAAGGGGUCUUUGCAUAUUCGAGUGGAGGAGUGGCCGAAGGCAUUGGCGAAAGAUCUUGCUGCAUACGAGAAGCAAUAUCAUAAACCCAAGUUUGGCACUGAUGACAUUAUCAUCCUCCACUGCAGAUCGAGCAGGCGUGCUUCCUGGGCAGCUUACCUAGCUCAAGAUGCUGGUUUUAAACGGUGUUUUGUUUACAAGGAGGGCGCUUAUGGCUGGCGCUUGGAUCCAACAGUCCUUCCCUAUGACAGUUAUGAACUGGGUGAUGUGCCACCAGAGCCCGUCCAAUUUGACUUGGAGAGAGUAAAUUUUGAAGAUGCGCAGUCGGAGCUGAAGCACUUGGGACUACUUUAACGUAGGUUUUAGAAUCUAGUAAUGCACCGAGAACAGUUUAUUGUGAUGAGAUGAGCCUGUACUGAGGGGUUUUGUGUUUUGGACUUGAUUAGAAUGAGGGUUAAGUACAGCUGAAAAGAAUUUCAAGAACAAAAGCGAAUACAGGGGGUGUUCAAAGAAUGUGUGUUUUUCCUCCUGCAUGUUCUCAGGCCUUUGUUCAAAGAACCAAACUGAAGUUCAAAUCCCAUUCCCACCUCUUGAAUGCUACA